AUGGCGGCAGAUCUGGCAGAUCUCUUGGCCAAGGUUCUCCCCACCGGGGUUGAGAUAACCGUUCGUCAUGUCUCGUCAACACCCACUCCCUGCGAAGCUCUCUUUGCAGCUGCGCCGGGCCAGGUCUCCGAGCCAACAUUCUGCGAAAAUCAUUUCCUCUCGGUGUCAAUUGAUUCCAAUGAUGAAGGUGAGACAAUUAUCUUCGGAAUGGAGGUGAUGGUUUACAACACGGCCCACUUGACCACCAUCUUCAUCUCCAAGGCCGACUCAACUGGUUUCCUGCAUCUUCUAAAAUUGCCAACUAAGGUAUCUGUACUGAGACUGGUCUCCAAUACAUUUCUCUCAUUUCUGGCUCGAACCCGACAACGGCCCGGUGUGCGUCUGGUCGUGUCGCUGUUCGCGCGGGCCCAGAAUCAGUACCUGUUUCCGGGCAGCAUUGAGAACGCCGAAAAGCACGUUCUGGAUGAUCGAGGCCUAAUCAAGUGGUGGUGUCGUGUUUUAGACCCGAUUUUACGUGAGCAUGAGCCAGAGUCUGCUCUUCAAGAGACGAAGGCGCUGGAUCAAACAGUCGAGGCUGCCAAGGCCUCUGCUACCGCAUACUUGAUUGUUCCAAGCUGUGACCGCUUUGAAACACGCAAUUUCUUCCCUCCUACGGCCAAAACCGAUCCGCAGGAUCGCCCACGGUGGCUCAACAGCUACCCACUGAAGCAAUUGUACCAUAACCCAUCGGCCCCUCCCCGCUGCUUGGUGCCUCGUUUCCCCGAUGAUCCCAAGACUCGUUUCCUCAUCGACCUGGACGGUGAACUUCCGGGGGAGAAUGAGGGUCAACCCGUCUCUCCUAAUGCCGGCCGCUGGCGCAGCGUACGGUCCUUGGACCAAUUCUGGGAGAUGAUGUCCUUCCGCCAAGAAUGCUCUGCUGGUCGGUUAGUCGGCUUCCUGUGGUUGGUUAUCAAUCCUCCUGGUUUGAUGAAUUCUACAUCAAUGGAAAGCCAAAAACGUGGUUCCUCUGACAGCGGCCUGGUCUCCAAUGGAACAGAGAUUUCUGGGGCCAUUCCGAAUGAGGAGAAAGUGGAGAAUGGCUCCGCCACCUUGACGAAGGCAACAACAAAUUUCACGACAGCCGAUACCUCUCCCACACUCGCCUGGGUUGAUGCAUCUAGCACUGUCAACCCGUUCGACUGGCCAGAAGCCGGACGUGGCCAGGUCGUUCUCAGCGAAGCAGACUACAAAACGAUGAUGGAUUCGGUUCUAGACCAUUUCUAUGACGAGAAAGAAGUCGUCGCCAGUACGAAACUCUAUGUUGACCAAGUCUCUUCCCUCGCGGACGAGCUUACAUGGGGCAAGAAGGUUGUCGGCAGCAAUACCACGAGCGACACUGCCUCUCAGCUGGCCAAUACCAAUACGAACAAUGUCCUAGACCUUGGAUUAAUCCGCAAACGAAAGAAGUCAUUGGGCGAGGGCAACACUCCUAUUGUAAAUGAAACACAAGCACCGAGUGAACCAGGAGUCACGCAACCAGCUCCGUCUGAGCCGGCUGGUGUCAAUGUGCUCAAUGCAAGCCUGGUCCGGAAGAAGAAGAAGACAUGA